AUGAUAGCAACGAUUAGUGGUGGAAGUAAUGAAAAUAAAUUGAUUGAUUUAAAACGAAAUAAUAUCUCUUAUCAUGAUGAAAAUCAAUUGGAUAAUCAAUCAUUAAUUGUUUGUGAAGUUAUUAAAAAUGGACCUGCAGAUGGAAAACUUUUUCCAAACGAUCAAAUUCUAAGUGUUAACGGUCACCCAGUUACACGCCAUAUGGAACAUUCAGCAUUAAAAUUAAUUCGAGAAUCAACUGAUUUUGUUAAUUUAAUUGUUCGACGACGAAAACAUCCUGUUAUUGUCUCGGAUAGUCAACCACCUGUUAAAUGUAUAUUGAAUAAAACGCGUAAAGAUGAAAAAUUUGGUAUUGUUCUUGGUUGUCGAUAUUUCAUUAAAAAAAUUCAUUAUAAAAAUAACGAUAAAUAUGUGAAUCUUCAUGAAGGUGAUGAAGUUAUUAAAAUAAAUGAAACACUUGUUGAUCGUUUAACGUUACAUGAAGCACAAAAAUUAAUUGAUAAAGCUAAAGAACGACUUGUUCUUUUUGUUAUACCUAAUAAAUCAAAUCAUGAUAAAUUAUUAUCUUAUCCAACAGAAAAUGGAAUUCACAAUCAUCAAGAUGUAACAUCAAUACCUAUUAUUGUUCAUGAUCGACCAUCAUCUUCACGUAAAGAAUUACAAGCAGAUUAUAAUCAACAUGUAUUUGAACGACCAGCAAUUAAUCGUCAAGAUUUUAUGCGAUCAAGCACUGGAACAAGAUAUGUAUCUUUUUUUACUGAUACUACAAGUAUGGGUAUUCGAUUAGCAGGUGGUGAUAAACAUGGCUUAUUUAUAUGUGAAGUACAACCAAACAGUGUAGCACAUAAAGCAGGAUUAAUUGUUGCCGAUAAAAUAUUCAGUGUGAACAAUAUCGAUUUUACAACUUUAACACGUGAAGAAGCUGUUUUAUGCUUGAUGAAUAUGAAAACAUUACAAGUGAAUAUGAUUGUAGCUAAUUUACGUCAUGAAUAUGAACAAUUAUUAGCUGAUAUUGGCGGUGAUUCAUUUUAUAUACGUGCUCAUUUUACUUAUAAUACAACAAACGAAGAAGAAUUAUCGAUUCGUGUAAAUGAUAUUUUUCAUGUAACUGAUACACUUUACAAUGGUCAAGUUGGCUAUUGGGUUGCAACUAAAUUAAAUGCACCUGCAUCACAAACGAAAAUAACUGGUGCUAUACCAAAUAAAUUACGAGCAGAACAAUUAGCAAGUGUUGCUCCAAGUCUUGAUCAAUUACUUAAAUCCAAACAACCAUCAUUUAAACGUAAAUUACGAUCAAAAUUUAGUGAUAAACGUUCACGUUCAGUUUCAUCAAUACAUCAUUUAAAAGAAGAUUCUUUUUUCGCAUUGACCAAUUCGAAAUUUCCAGCAUAUGAACGUGUUGUACUUAAAGCUGGUAAGUUUGUCACUAUCAUUGAAAUUUAUUUUGAUUGUUUUAUAAUAGUAACCAUGGUUCGACCUGUUGUUCUUUUUGGCCCUUUAGCUGAUAUUGCACGAGAUCGUUUACUUAAAGAAUAUCCUGAUCUAUUUGAAUUACCUCGUAUCGAAGCACAAUCUCCGACAAAAGCACGAGCUAACGUUAUUAAAUUACAAAGUAUCAAAAAUGUUAUUCAACGAAAUCGACAUUGCUUACUUGAUGUAACUCCAACAGCUGUUGAACAAUUAAAUUAUGCUCAAUGUUAUCCGAUAGUUAUUUAUUUUAAAGCAUCUGAUCGUCGACAAAUAAAACAAAUUCGUCAUGAAUAUGGCAAACUUUAUCAAAAAUCUUCUCGACGUUUAUUUGAAUCAUCUGAACGUUUAGAAUUUUUAUUUUCAUAUUUAUUUACAUCAAUAAUAAAACUUGAUUCAACAGCUAAUUGGUAUAAAACAUUAAAAGCACAAAUUGAAAUUGAACAAGAACAACCAAUAUGGAUGAGUGAUGAUCGACCAGCUGAUAAAGAUUUACCGAAUUCUGAUGAAUAUUUUAUUUCAACACGACAAAGUUAUUCCGAUGAUAAUUGUACUCGAGAUGAAUCAAGUCCAGAUUCUGAUAUGAUGAAUACACAACAUAGAAAUGGAAAAAAUUAUUUACAAAGAGUUGCAUCAGAUCCUGUCAUGUUUCCAAGAGAUAAAAUUCGCUCAUAUUCAACUGAUUCGCAUCAUAAUUUUGAUGAUGAUGACGAAGAAGAAGAAGAGGAUGAUGAUAAUAGUACAUUUAUGCAAAAUUCGACAAUAUCAUUACCAAAUCGUAGUCAUUCAGUAACAGAAAUGCCAACAACAAAUGAUGAACAACAACACCAACAACAGCAUCGAUCAGGAUUGAUACAUUCAAAUUCAACAACAAGUAAUCCACGUCUUUAUCAAAGAUCAUUAUCCUAUAUAAAAACCAUUGAUGAUAAUAAUAAUAAUAAUUUCGAAGCAACUCUUAAUAAUAAUGAUGAUUUAUUUCGUACAGAUAAAUAUAAUAUUGAUCGAAAUUCUUCAACAAAUCAUCAUUUACAUCAUUUAACAACAAAUGGACAACAAAUUUAUCGUCCUGACUCGAUAACACAUGUUGAACAAGAUGAUCUUUAUCGUUUACAACGUUUGUAUCAUCAAGAUGAACAAGAAAAGUAUAAAAAUCAUUUUGAAAAUGAAAUUUUAUCUAACACACAAAGCACUGCUAAGUUUAUUCAAGCACCUUUUAUUAAAACACAUGCGCACGAAACUAAUGGUUUGCCAUUAAACGCACUAAAUGGAAAAACAAAUCGAAUUUCAUCUAGACGACCACUUAUUGCACCCAAACUUCGUACAAUACAUACAAAUGAAAGACUUAGUUCGAGUGAUAGUGGAGGAUCUAUUCAACAUAAUAUGAGAAAAAAUGCAACUGAUAAAUCAACCAUGACAAUGAUGGAAAAAAAUAUUCCUGUUAAUGGUUAUGCUACUUGGAACAAAUCUUCAUCAUCUACAUCAUCUCGACCAACAAUAUUACCAUCGUAUUCCAACGGUAAUGAUUCUUAUAGUAAUAAUAUUGAUCCAUCCUAUCGUAUAAUUCGUUGUACAUCAAUGGAUACUGUUCGUCGUAAUGAACAAACACCAUCGAUUAAUUCUAAUGAAAAAUUACGUACAGAAUCUUUAUUAAAACAAAAAAUGUGUUCAAGUAAAAAACAUAAUCAUACAUCAGUUGCUUCUGUUUUUCCAUCAGAAAAUUUAAAAUCACAAUCAUUUUCUACAACCGCAACAAAUUUAAACCAUCAACCAUCAACAAAUCGACAUCUUUAUCAAAACAGUGAAUUUCCAUUACAAAAACCACGUGUAUAUACUCAUGAUGAUCGAUCUUUUAUUGGACAACAACAACAACAACAACAACAACAGACUAUUCUUUCAUCUUCAUCAGCAUCAUCAACAUUAAGUGUAAAAGAUAAAAGUAUCAAAGAAGCUGGCGAAACAAGGUCAUAUUCAGUACAAGAUGAAUGUAAUGUUAUCAGUAGUGCUCGUGGUGUAAUGGAUUAUUUUGGUGGAAAAUUAUCUUGUCCUUUAACAGGUGUAUCAAUAUCUGUUCCAGUUGGUGCUAUACCAGAAGGUGUUCAACAAGAAAUUUAUUUUCAUGUUUGUCAAGAUGGAUCAAAUAUUCCAACAUUUAAUGCUAAACAAGGUGAACGUUUAUUAAGUCCAAUUGUUAUGUGUGGUCCACAUGGUGUACAAUUUUUAAAACCAGUUGAAUUAAUAUUACCACAUUGUGGUGGAACAGAUGCUCAACAAUUAGCACUUAUGCUUCAUGGUGCUAAUCAAAAUGGUUCAAUAAAUAAUCGACAGGAUAAAUCAAUGAUAUUAAAUGGAAUUAAUCAUGUAACUAAUUCAAAUGUCUCUAUACUUGUUGACCAUUUCUAG